GGACACGUCAGCUGGCCUCUGCGCUCCGGUCCCCCACAACGCCGCCUCCUGCACGCCUUAUUUCCUUUAUUCCUGCGGCGGCGAGGCACGAAAACCUUCAGGAUGGUACUGCUUGCCGCGGCUGUCUGUACCCGCAGCGGGAAGGCUCUGGUGUCCCGGCAGUUUGUGGAGAUGACUAAGUCUCGGAUUGAGGGCCUGCUGGCGGCCUUCCCCAAGCUGAUGACCAGCGGGCGGCAGCACACCUUCGUGGAGACGGAAUCGGUGCGUUACGUGUACCAGCCGCUGGACCGCCUCUACAUGCUGCUCAUCACCACGCGCGCCUCAAACAUCCUCGAGGACCUGGAGACCCUGCGCCUCUUCUCCAGAGUGAUCCCCGAGUACUGCCGCAACAUGGAGGAGAGUGAGAUCCUCGAGAACUCCUUCCACCUUAUCUUUGCCUUCGACGAGAUCGUGGCGCUGGGCUACCGGGAGUCCGUGAACCUGGCGCAGAUCCGCACCUUCGUGGAGAUGGACUCGCACGAGGAGAAAGUGUACAGGGCGGUGAGGGAGACCCAGGAGAGGGAAGCGCGCACCAAGAUGAAGGAGAAAGCCAAGGAGCUGCAGCGGAAGCGUCACGAGGAGAUGAAGCGCGGCAACAAGAACAGCGGCUACACGGGCGGCGGUGGCAACAGUGGCGGCUUUGGGGUGUCGGGCGGUUUUGGCGGCAGCACGGGCAGCUUCCCAAGUCCCGCAGAAACCAUCCCAUCCCCGACACAGGAGACUCGGCCAUCCUCCAUCAAGCCUUCCGGGUCCAACCGCGCCAUGAAGCUGGGCAGCAAGGCCAAGGACGUGGACUCCUUCGUGGACCAGCUCAAGUCCGAGGGCGAGCGCGUGGUGUCUGCCGCCGAGACCAUCACCCCGGCCUCCACCAUCAACACCCCUGCCGUCGAUGUGGAACCUGUCCACAUAGUGAUGGGCGAGGACCUGGUGGUGCAUGCUGGGCGUGACGGCGGCCUCAAGACCAUGGAGGUGCAGGGCAUCCUCAAACUCCGCAUCUCAGACUCCGACUACGGCUUCAUCAAGGUCCAGGUGGACAACACAGAGACCAGACCCGUGCAGCUCCAGACACACCCCAACGUGGACCGCGAGCUGUGGCGUUCGUGCGGCCAGAUCGGAAUGAAGAUGUCCAACAAGCCUUUCCCUCACAACACGGACGUCGGCGUGUUAAAGUGGCGCUUCCAGACCAACGACGAGAAGCACGUGCCGCUCUCCAUCAACUGCUGGCCUCAGGAGAACGGUGCCGGGAGCUGCGACGUCAACAUAGAGUACAACCUGGAGAACCUCAACCUUGAGCUGAGCGAGGUCAUCAUCACCAUCCCGCUGGCCCCCGGAGCACCGCCACCCGUCAUCAAUGAGUGCGAGGGGGAGCACGAGUACAACCGCGCCCACUGUGCCCUCGUGUGGCGCAUCCCCGUCAUCGACAAGACCGCCCCCACUGCUGCCAUGGACUUCACGGCGCGUGGUGUGCCCGACAACUUCUUCCCCGUCCGCGUCAGCUUCAACUCCACCCGAACGUUUUGUGAUAUCAAGGUGCUGGGCGUGGUGAGCACCUCGGACGGCGCCCCGAUCACCUUCUCCCUCGAAACACAGAUGAAGACCACUGUGUACGAGAUCGACUAGGCCCCCAGAGCUUCCUUGCCGGCGCACAACUGUUAGAGGACUUGAGUUUGCCAGCCAGUCAGUGGGUUACAUCUGCUUCAGUUAGUUUCCGAGGGACGGGGCGAGAGCACGGCCUUUCGGAUGCUCGUCUCUCGUAGCGGCGACUUCACCAGGCAGCCGAGAGAGUUCGCUGCUCAUAACAGACUAAUUAAUGUAAAAGAGAUAUUUACUUUUUUUUUUUUUUUUGCCUUGAGGAAUUGCGCUGUUUAACAUUCCUUGAUUCGUUGAUGAGGGGAUUAUUUUAGUACCGAUCGUUGUGGCGUGGUCCAGCCCAGGGUGGCGACUUGUUCUAUUGUCAAACCAUUUCAAAUAGUCCGAGUUGGUGUUCAGUUCCGUGGGUCCCCCCCUCCCCUCUGCUUUGCCACACAGCCCUAACACCUAUUUCCCCCUCCCAUGUGUUAGCUAUAGAGUCCUCUCAUUUGCUCUAACACACAGCCCUAACACCUAUUUUUCCCUCCCAUAUGUUAACUAUAGAGUCCUCUCCUGCUCUAACACCUAUUUUUCCCUCCCAUGUGUUAGCUAUAGAUAACAUACGAGAGGAAGGGACAGGUGUUGGGAUUGUGUAGCAGAGGGGAGGAAAGGACCUGUAGAAUCCAACACCCAAAUGGACUAUAUGAAAUGGUUUGCCUCUAGGUUAGUUCUGUACCUAACGUGUUUGUUGCCACCAGAACAAAGGAAGGCAGCAAAGGGUCAACACCACAGGCACAUCCUUUAGUUGAUAGUGUUCCCUUAGGAUGCCAAACUCUGAAGACUUCUUCCUCUCAGCGACUUCAAUCGUUCAAUCAGUUUUUAUGCGACACUUCAGUUUUUUUUAGAUGUCGUAUAAGUAUUUAUUGAAUUACGUGGCUGGUUUGGGGGUUUUAUUUCCAUUUUUGAGACGGAAUUUAGAGUUAAGUCGGCACAUUACAAACUGGGUCAUAAAAUUAUAAAAAAAAAAAAAUCAACAAAACCAGUUAACCACACCUUGAAAAACGGGUUAAAAGAGAUGAGUCAGCCAUGUAAUUCUUAAAGACUACUACGGCGUUUAAGAAGUCAGGCAUUUUUCUUUAGCACUCAUAAAUUAUUCUCAUUAUUUGGGUUCGUGAGAUGCGUUUACUUUUCCUGUCAGAUGUUUACUACUUGUUCCUCCUUCCCUCUCCUCUUUUUUACCUCUGUUCCUCCUUCCCUCUCUCUCUUCCUCUUUUACCUCUCUGUUCCUCCUCCCCUCUCUUCUUCACUUUUCCUUUCUCCUCUCUUCUCUUCCACCUCUUCUUUCCCUUCCACUCACGUCAACAAUAAUAAUAACGUGCGUCCGUUCUCUCACCUGGAAGCGGCUUAGUUAAAACCCCUAUUCAGGUAAAUUAGUCUUGUUAAAACUUAUCAUUACAGGCCAAUUUUUAUGCCUUAACUUUACCUUUGUAUUUUAAGACGUGAAAGUUGUCAGCGUGAAGGAUCAUACACUUCUAGAACUACCUGUGGACUUGAAUUACCUUAAGCCAAUUGUUAGAGAGUUAACUGAUUCUUUUGUUUCUGUCAUUAAGGUUUUAUAUCAUUCUUUUCUUCACUCAUUUUUCAUUACUGUGGAUUUUUCUUUUCUUCUAAUCAUCACAGUAUUAUCAUUCUUUCCUUUUCUUCAUCAUUCAUUUUCGUGGAUUCUUCUUUUGUUCUCAUUGUCAAGCUUCCAACAUAUUUUCCUUUUCUUUUAAUUCUCUAACCAUGAACUUUCCCUCCAUACAUAUCACUAUCAUCCCCACAGUAUCUAUCCCUUUCCCUCCCUUGAAGUGUCUGGGUGAGCGAUUUGGGCAGCGGUAUGUCAUCAUCAGAGCACACUUUCUGUUUUCUGUGCUGGCAAUAGUGCUGGUAGGCUGUCUUGAGGGGCCUCCUGGACAACCCCAUCCUGUUAGUGGUGCAGGCGGAUUUUUUUUUAUAGUGGCUGGCGUGAUGUUUGACGCUUGCUGACCGUCGCCAACACAACACAAACUCAUGAACAGACCCAAGCAUCCUAUUUACGUGCCCUUCACCAGUUCCCAUGAAAGGAAGACUGAGGUUAAGGGUCGUUCACCGGGAAUGGCAACAGUGCAAUAAGCGGUCGUGGUUUGUGUUGAAGUAUUGGCAUGAUAUCACUCUUCAGCCCUUUGCCACACACUAACGGGGUCUGUGUUUCCUUGACUUGGGGUAAAGGUUAUGGUUUGCUUCAAGGACGAGCGUUACCAUAUUACCGUAAUCAGAACAAUCCAUUUUUCAUUUUCAGCCCCUAAACUAUCGUACACCAGUAAUGAUAUUCAAAGUUAUCGUUAAAACCGCUGACUAAUGAUGUGUUUUUGCGAUAGCCACGGGUCAGGAAUCGGAAAAUACAAUGUGCUGAGAAUGAUGAUAUGGUAACGCUCUCAAGGACUUGGAAUGAACAAAAUGAGAAAAGUAUCAACAACACCUCCAAGAAACCUAGUGUUGGUGUGUCAGGCCAUGAAGCUGUACUCUGCUGCCUUGCUCUUGCUACCACUGUUGUAUAUUGGCAGCAAAACUCUAUAAUAUACAUCCUUGAGCAGUGUGGAGAGAGCAUUUUAGUCUAUGUAUCAUUUUGCCGAAUACACAGGAGGCGUUACUACAUCAUGUACUGACCAUAACACUUUGCUGGCACACUCUGUCUAUAUCUUAGCAUCCAAACCCUUACCAGGCAGCAGACUCAGACACUGGGUAAUCCAAAGUAGUUCGUCGGUAUAUCUACAGAUGAAUAAUGUCAAAAAUCGCAUCUUCCAUUGGGUGAUUCAUAUGGUUGGGUAAAUAUGUGACCAAAACAUAGCUGGAGGAGUGCCCUUCUUCCCUUCAUCGCCUCUUGUAAUACCUGGAUACAUGCAGAGCAACAAUAAGGAAAAUAACUGUGGGUCUCAUUUCUCAUGUGAACUUCACCUCACACACACACACACACAGUUCCUUCACGCAUCACAAGUGGCCUCGCUCCUUGUUCUGUCAGCAUGGCGAGGGUUCGUGAGACUCAAAUGUAUGGGCGAGCGUGAGGUCCACAUUCUAAAUCGUAUCGGGCUCCCACUACGACUGUUAACAAGGCCACAGAGAAGAUUAAUGAGGUUUUCAUAUGUUGUUUUACCAUUCAUAGUGCACAGGCCGUGUAAAACAAUCACCAGGGUCACCAAACAAUCCAUGAAAACCCCAGCGACUUCUCCGAGAGGCUUUUCAAACAUGGAGAUGAGGUGCUGAUAUGUUUAAAAGUGUGGACUUAAGCCUUGGGUGGUUGCUUGGAUGGGAGUGACUUUCUGUUCUGCCGUAGCUGACAAUACUGCCAUGACACCCCUGCUACACUCUUUUCCUUGGCUUCGGGAACAUGUGGGUUGUGCCAUCGUCAGUCCAUUAACUUAGUUCUUAUUUAUGUGUGUGUAUGCUAUCAAAAAGAAACCUUGUUCAUUUGAGAAAGGUUUGGAUCCCAUCUGACUUGUUAGGACCAAGAGGACGAGCUAGUUUCCGUUUUUCACUGCAAUCUCUGGAGACCUGUACUGUUAUAGGGUGACAAGUGUAUAUAAGUGAAGUGAAUUUGUUAGUGAGGUUUAUAUUUUAUAUGCAACAAGGCUCUCCAUAUUAUGUAAGGGUGUUGCAUAUCCAAGUAUUGUUUUCAACAUAUAUUCCCCAAUAAAGAAGUAAAGUUAA